AUGACGACCAACCCUCUGAAACGACAACGUGAACCCGACGACGACCCUGCCUGCUCGUCCACCUACUAUGCUGAUGCUAGUAUGACCACCAGCUCCGCGACUACCGCUUCAACCACAAUCUUGGAUUUACCGACCGAAUUGAUUGAAUACAUUUGUUGCUGCGAUUCGUUAAAAUUGAUUGACGUCUUCAACCUUGCCAUUUCACACUCCAAGCUCAACAACUGCUUGUUCCAUGAACGAAAUUCAUGCCUCUGGAAAUCCAAAUUCAUACAAAAAUACGGUUUGUUGGACAAUGAGGAAUAUGAAGUUGUUAUCGACGGACAAAAUACAUGGAAAGAUGAGAUCAUGCUGCGUAUGAGUUUGGAUAAAGCUGUACCUGCUGAAAUUAUACAAAUGCCGUGCAAAUACAUGAAGUUUAAAAAUGUACCAUAUCAUUUAUAUCCGUUUAGUCAAUAUCUGAACUCAAAAAAUGAAGGCCAUAGAUAUUAUAUUCUAUCAGCAAUUGCAGCUUAUUAUAAGCAACUACAGAGUAACGAAUGCUGUAAUGAAAAUUAUGAUCUAUUGUAUAUGGCACAUCAAUUUCUUAUUUAUUCGUGCCAAGUGUAUUUUGGUUACAAGUUAAGUCAUUUCUUAAGUUUACCACCGGCAGAACAAAUUGUUGAACGAGGAUUUUACUUACUUGGACGUUGGUGGUGUCCUACGAUUAACAUACCAUAUCGCGAUAUAAACAAAAGUUUAAAUAACAUAGCUAUUGAUGUGUGUAAUCGCAUUCGUUCAACAAACCCAGUCCAUCCUCUGUUUGAGCAUGAAAACUGUUUGAAACAAGUGGUUGAACGAGGAAAAUUAAAUCUUGAUCAUGAUUUAUUUGAUGAAACUAGCACAAUGUUUAUACUUGACAACAUAAGACAAAUAAUAUUUUCCGAAGAUCAACUGGUUUGUUAUUGUAACCAUGACUUAAAUUGCUUUUUGUUGCAGCAGGUCAUUGAUCGGAGAAAAGGUUCUGUAUUUUUGCUGUGUGUAAUAUUUGAAUCGGUUGCUAGACGAUUAGGAGUAAAAGUUCGUUUAACUGCAACAUCUGUACACAAUUUUGUAUCUUGGUCAUCUUCAUGGCCGGGAAACAAACGUGGGAACCCUACAUGUUACUUGGUAGAUAUCGCUGGUGGUGGUGUCAUGCGGAAGGCUACAGUUUGUCCAGUCUCGAGAAAAUUGCCAGAACAAUAUAAUGGAAAUUCUAUACUUGACUUGUUUUGGACAUUUAGUAAAACUGUGGAACAGCUCACUAUUGAAAAUAUGGCUACAUAUAAAUAUGUGUUGGAUUUCCAAAAACUCUUAAAACCUGAUGAUUCUGAGGUUGAAUUUAAAUGUCAGAAAUUCCAUCAGUAUUAUGACUAUUGUCGAUGUCCCUUACUCAGAAAUCCGUCUAAUCCCUAUGCUCCAAACCAUGUGGAUGAGAAGAACAUUAUGUACACAGAUUGGGAAGAAAUUUUCCCACUAGUACCUAAAAAACGUGGUGAGAUUCAUGAUCCAAAAUAUUCAAUUGGCAUGAUGAUUGAUACCAUUACAAUGGGUAGUGGCUCUUGUUCGAGCAUAGUGACUAAACGUGGUGUUGUUGUGGGCUGGACAAGAGUGCCUAGUAACAACCCGUUGCCAAAUCCAACUGUUUACCAUGUGCUCAUCAGACCUGAUCAUUAUUUCAGUACAGCCAAAUAUCAAAACCCUGUUAUCAAAGCUAUACGGGAAGGCAGAUAUGAAAAAUUGCAGCGACAACUAAAACCGUACGAUUAUAGUUUCAAGAACAUUGGCAAGUUUUUCACACAUUACAGUCAUGAGUUGUGCGCUUUUGUGCCGAUAAAUGAUUUGGCACAACUUUAUCCCGAUGAUCUAUCUCACACUAUCAGUAAAUCAAAGAACAUUGACUGCAAAGUUAAACAGUUCACAGGUCGCCAUGUUGUUCCUAAGUAUUAA